UUCAGUGAAGUUCGCCGUCGCCGGAACUCAUGGAUCGACCACCGUCGUUUCCGCACAAUCAAAACCCUAAUCCGAACUUCUUUCACCAUUAUCCUCCUCCAAACCCUAAUCCUAAUUUCUUCUUUCGACCUCCUCCACCUCCUCUUCAGAAUCCUAACACUUACUCCAUUGCUCCAUCUCCGCCGCCGAUUCGCGAGCUCUCCGGUACUAUCACCUCUUUACAAUCACUGUUGUCGGAAUGUCAAAGAACCUUAGAUUCUCUCUCGCAAAAUCUAGCUUUAGACCACUCUUAUCUUCUCCAGAAGGGCGGAAAUGGCGGUUUCGUUCGUUGCCCUUUUGAUUCAAAUCACUUUAUGCCACCCGAAGCUCUCUUUCUCCACUCACUCCGUUGCCCAAAUCCUCUUGACCUCACUCACCUUCUUGGAUCUUUUAGUAGUUACCGGAACACACUCGAAUUACCCUCUCAAGUACAGCUGAGCAAUGAUGCUGGAGAUCUCUGUGUCUCCUUAGAUGAGUUAGCUGAUUUUGGAACUAAUUUCUUCUACAAAGAUUGUCCAGGAGCUGUGAACUUCUCUGAGCUCGAUGGAAUAAAGCCAACUUUAACACUUCCUAACAUUCUAUCUUUGGAAUGUAGCGAUUUGCAAGUUGCUGAUGAGAAGGAGAAUAAUAGUAUGUUAGGGAUUCUACCGUCUGAUCUCUGUGCAAUAAAGAGUGAGAUUAAUCAAUGGAGGGAUUACCCAAAUUCGUAUUCCUAUAGUGUUCUUUCUGCUAUGCUGGGUUCAAAAGCGAUUGAAACAAGCGAGUUGAACUCAUGGAUUCUGGUUAAUUCUACGAGAUAUGGUGUAAUAAUUGAUACUUACAUGAGGGAUCAUAUAUUCUUGCUCUUCCGGUUGUGUCUGAAAUCGGUUGUGAAAGAAGCUUGUGGAUUUAUGAUGGAGCCUGAUGCCAAUGGCGUUGGUGAGCAGCAGAUUAUGAGCUGCAAAAGUAGAAUAUUUGAGUGUCCAGUCUUGGUUCGAGUGUUGUCUUGGUUAGCUUCUCAACUUGCUGUCUUAUAUGGAGAAGGAAAUGGGAAGUUUUUUGCUCUAGAUAUGUUUAAACAGUGCAUAGUAGAAUCUGCCUCUCAAAUAAUGUUGUUUCGGUCAGAAAGAAGCACACCUCAAUCCUCUGGAGCACUCGAGGGUUUGGAUGAUGCAAGGUUGAGUAAUAAGGAUGUGAAGAUGGAGAAACCCUGCGAGAAUAGUGCUUUGGACAGUGCUCAGGUGAUAUCUGUGUCCCGUGUUGCAGCAGCUGUUGCAGCAUUGAAUGAAAGAUCCAUGCUUGAAGGGAAAAUUAGGGCAAUACGAUAUGCCCAACCACUAACAAGAUAUCAGCGGCUGGCCGAGAUUGGUGUUAUGAGAGCUAAAGCUGAGGAAGAACGGAAAAGACGUUCUAGCUACCGACCUAUUAUUGAUCAUGAUGGUCUUCCAAGGCAACGCUCAUCAAAUCAGGAUAUGAAUAAAAUAAAGACAAGAGAAGAGCUUUUAGCUGAAGAGAGAGAUUACAAGCGUAGGAGAAUGUCAUACCGUGGUAAGAAGGUGAAACGUACGCCUAGACAGGUGUUACGUGAUAUAAUAGAAGAAUAUACAGAAGAAAUUAAGCUAGCAGGAGGGAUUGGAUGUUUUGAGAAAGGAAUGCCAUUACAAUCCCUGUCUUCUGUAGGCAACGAUCAGAAAGAAAGUGACGUUGGAUACAGUUCUGCACCAUCAACAUUAACAGAUGCAUCAUCAAAAUUCUAUAAGCAACGGAAAGAAGAGAACCGUGCAGAUACUGAAUAUUCAAAGGAUAAUAGAAACAAUAUAGAUAAAGUAAACCGGCAUGAGGAGUAUGAUUCAGGUAGCUCGCAGAGACAGCGGAGGCACAGGUCAUAUAAGCACAGUGAUCAAAGACAUGACAAGCACAGUGAUCGAAGAGAUGAUGAAUUCACAAGGAACAAACAACAUAGCCUCGAAAAGAAGUCUUCUCAUCAAAACCACAGAUCAUCUCGUGAGAAGAGUUCAUCAGAUUACAAGACCAAAAGGGAUGAUUCUUAUGACCGCCGCAGUCGGGAACCUAGGAAUCAAAAUUCGUUUGAAGAUAGAUACAAUCCAACAGAAAGGGAGUGAAUUUAAAAAGAAGUAAAAGUUUACCUGGAGCAUCAGCAAUUUUGUGUGAAUCCGUAUCCUCUUUUGUAUCCUUAAUCAGAUUCUUACCUUGUUUGAUGCAUCUAAGUGUUCAUCACAACCUUAUCUGUGUUUAUCUCACUUGGUGAUACUCAAUUUCCAGAUCUCUUGUAUAUAUAGAUUCACUGUAGUUACCAUUCCUGUCUAUAUAUAUUCAGUUUCUUUUUUCUUCUCUUGGUUGUGACAGAUGAAGUAUGUUCUUGCUAUGAACACGCCAUGAGCCAUGAGAUUGCUGGGAAGAAAUGCCAAACUCCACAACUGUUCGUAAUUGUGAGAGACUCAUAUGUUCUUAAGUCUGUUGUUACUUCUGAACUUAUGAAAAUUGAUGUAGAUGAUAGAACACCAGAUUGAGUGAUGUAAUAUGUACUGAUUUAGCUUAUGUUCAUGUUCCAGUUUUCCCUCAAA